AUGGUUGCGCCGGCCGUCCCCGAAAUCACCGAGGAGGUGCUGCACGAGUCAAUUGAAGCUCGCACCGAGCAGCUCAUUGCCCUCCGCGAACUUGGCCCUCCCGACCUCGUCCACAUCCUCAAACAGCCGAUCCGAAAUCCCGGCAAGCACAUUGGAGCCUACCAUCAUGUCACCGGUGUCGAUGCCUCGUCCUCCGCCAGUCUUGCCGCCUAUGUAAACACCCUAACAUACAAGGAGCACGGGCAGACUGCAACAUCCAAGAUUGUCCAGGGCCUGUAUUGUUGCUACAAUGCCUUCUCACGGCUGGAUAUGCGAGUUCACGUUGCCAUCCCCGGCAGUGUUGAGAGCUACUGCAUCGAUGAGCGAGGCGAGAAGAGGAAAGCCACAGACGAACUGUGGCUCGAGACCUACCUAUGCAGCGUCCUGCGAGCCUACUCGUACGCCGACGACGGCAGUGGUGAUACCAUUCGAAAGAUCAUGGGAGUUAGGAGAUUCAACCCCGUCACCAACACCGAGACCGAGCAUCGCUUUCUCAGCGCCGCAGAGCAGCUCUUCUUCCGAGGAUGGCAAUUGGGCUCCGAUUCAGUCGUCCAGGUUCCGAAUUCUGUUUCUAAUCACCUCACGACCGGCCUCUUGAAAUACUUCCAGACGACAGGGCGCUACGCAUCCGGCAUCAAUCUAUUCGAGAAAUUGCGCACACAGAACACUGAAGUUGCAUCUCUGCUGUCAAAGGUUCUGUUCAUGGGUUACGAGGAGGUGGAAGGUGUCAGAAUACUCCACCAGGCUCUGAAGGAAACUCCUAUGGAUUAUGUGAUGCUCGAUACUCAAGCCGAAUUCCUUUUGAAGAAGGCAAGAACCGCCGCGACUCCAGAGCAGAAGGAGGAGCGGUUGCGGAUGGCUCUGGGAUGCGCCGAUCGAAGUACGAUCGCUGCACCGAGCGAGUUUGGCACGUGGGCGCGACUGGCCGAGGUCUAUGUCGCCAUGGAAGACUGGGAAAACGCCCUCACUAUUCUGAACUCCUGCCCUAUGUUCACCUAUCAAGAUAAGGACACGCCGAUCAUGCCGGAACCUAAGGACGUCCUGCUGCCCACUCUGCCCGAGACCAGGUUAGACGAAAUCGACAGCGAGCCAGAGUCGAGGUACUCGGAACAAGUGGAGCCGAGCUUGCUCUCUUUGAGAGCUGCGGCGUACCGUGGCACCUUCAAGAAGGCAUACAGCAUCCUGACGGAGAUGACCGCCAAGAUCGGAUGGGACCAGUUGUUGAAGAUCCGCAGCAAUGUCUUUGUAAUGGAGGAUGAAUACAGAAAUGAGAAGCAGGAGCCCGCCACAACACAAGCCGCAAACCGAAAUCCCAGCACUGAUGGCCUUCGAGGUUCUCCUGAACCACCAACCAACGGCGAGCAAAGUGACGAUGAAGGUUCCGAUGUUGCGCCGAAACCGACGGAUGCCGAUUCUACUGCUCCGACACUAGUUCCUAACGGUGAUGGCAAUGGUGUUGAGAAGCCUACAAGUACUGCUGACCCUAGCGAAGUCAAGGCAGAUGAGAACGGUGCGCAACAAGAAGAUAAUCUGUCCCGUCUCAAUAACAAACGUCUAUGUGAGCGCUGGCUUGACAGCCUCUUCAUGGUUCUGUACGAGGAUCUGCGAGUGUACACCAUCUGGCGGACACAAAUGGCCCAAUAUCGCGCUCAAUCCAUGCAGUAUAAGAAGUCUGCCGAGGAGUGGGAGAUUCUGGGAUCGCUAGCCGAGCGUCUUCAACACACUGAGGAGGCUGUUGAAGCAUACCGUGCAUGUCUGUCGCAGCGCUUCAGCCCUAAGGCACUCACAGGCAUCCUACGAGUGUUCGAGAAGCAGAAGAAUACCAGGGAGACCGUUGCUGCUACCAUACGGCUCGUGACCUGGCAAUACCGCUGGUACAGCGAAUUCAGCCCCGAGCUAUUGCGCACCGUUCGGACCCUUAUUGAGGACGAGGGGGCGCUCAAGGUGCGGAGCAUCGUUCAGGCGACGAGCUUGCCGCAGAACGUCCUCGACUUAACCCACCAUUAUGCUGCUCUCUGCGCGACCUUCCGAAGCAGCGGCUCAGAUGGCUAA